AUGAAGGUAUAACUAAUAGGCCUUCUUCUGUUUUAUUUGGUUACUUGCAAAAACAUACCAUUAUAAUUAGAGAUUGGGUUAAUUCAAUUUGAAGAUCUCUAGCCUGGAAAACUUUAAUAUUAAGUAUGACAAAUUGCAAAUGAAAAAUAAAGGAAAUUUAAUUUGAUCAGCCAUUUAUCCGUGUCCCUUAGGUUGCUUUAACAAUUAAUAGUCUAAUGAAUCAUAAUUCUUAGGUGUAUUUCAGCAAGAUUUACAAUGUGACCACUGAUGGUACUCUAUUCCACACUAAGUCUAGGAUUUACAGUUGGAGUUUUGAGUGGAACAGAGUAAUCCCUAGAAUAUCGCUACAUGGCUAUCGUUGAUGAUAGAGUCUAAGUGAAUUGCCUUAAUUUUAAAGUCAAAGAAAUUGUGUUCAUUCCUUAUCUAAAGUAUUCGCAUCUAAAAUCUCUAGAUAGUUUGUCAAGGUACCUAAAUCAUGGGUAUUCUUAACCGGAGUCAGAUAAUAAAGCAAUACUUUCUCCUUUUAAUAGGGUAUCUGCUUUCAAUCUAUAAAUUAGACAUCAGAAAUGAGGGAAUCAUGCUUAAGUUCCAAUCCAUAGACACAGAAAUAUUGGGAGUUUGCGUUGUGGCUGGUGCAGUUGAUAUUCUAUAGUCUAGGAUCGAUGACUUACCAACAUUCUAAGGGUACAACCUCAUGAAGCAAUCGACAACUCUAUCCAUCAUAGCUUAAUCAAGUUUUAUUUGUGAAGAUGAAUGCUUAUUAUACUUUAGUAAUUCUUAUUAUAAGUUAGGGAAUGAUUAAACUAAACAAUUAAAAAUUAGUACUGAAUUUCAUAAUUACCAAGAAAAACCAAAUUUAUCAAAAUUCAUACCCUUGAAAAAAGAAAAUCCUACAGUUACUUAAGAUAAAGUUGAGAAUUUAAUAGAAUCAACUAUUAAAAUCGAUAAGAUUGAACAACCACAUACUUCUCAUGAAGAGAGUUUAAAGAAGAUGAUAAAUCAAUCAAUUUUAAAUUUAGAAGAAUAAAUAAAUCAUCCUAAUGGAAUUAAUAGUUUUGAUUCUAAUAUUAAUGAAAUACCUCAGUCAGAACCUAUAGAUAGUGAAAGCGAAAGUGAAGAUGAGGAAGUGGAAAUGACUCCAAUUAAGAUUUCAAAACCUAUUAAUAUUGAGGAAGAAUUAUAGAAAUUAGAAAAGAUUUCAGAUGACAGAACCAAAAAGAUUAACAUCAUGGAAUUCAAUCCAAGGGAAUCUGUUAAUGUUUCAUUUUUAUCAAGAAAUAAUAUUGAUAUGCAAGAAGAAAGCAAAGCUGAAAAACUUAUUGAAUUAAAAUAUAUUGAUAGAGCACCUAAGUUUUCACCUAAAAUUUAGUAAAUGUUUGAAGAAGCAAAAAAGAAUAUUGAAGUUGAAUAAUCAACAACUGAUAAAGUUGAACCUCAUAUAGAUAACAAACUAUCAAUAAAGGAGUAAUUGAAAUUAAAAACCGAAAGUUUAUUACAACAAGUUGAGAACACUUUACAUACUUCCAAAACCGAUUCUGAUCAAAGAGAUAUUCCUUAAUAAUUAAAUUUUAAUAAUAAGUUAGAACAAUAAGAUAUUUCUAAUGCACUUAUUGAAGAAGUAUAAAAAAUAACUCCUCCAACUAGCGAGAAAAAGCAUACUAAGUAACCCAUUCUUAAUGAAUAUGAUACAAUUUUUGCUUAAUUUGCUAACAAUAAUAAUAAUUUAAGAUCUGUGAAACCUUAGUAACGCUUUUCUAGUCCAUUAUUUGACACAGAAAUCACUAUGGAACUAGUUUAGGAGGAAGAAGAAGUUGAACCUAAAUAGGAAUUAAAAAUUCUUAAUCCAAGAGAAGAGAGACUUUAAAAAUAUUUGUAAAAGGCUGAUGAAGUGGAUCUCAAUUUCUUAGAAAACAUCAAAUUGGUUUCAGAGUAGAAUGGAUAAUAAGAAAACCCAACUAUGGAAUAAGAAUAAAUAUAGGAAGUGUUCGACCAAUCAAAUGUAUCAUACACAGAAUAAUUAAAUAUGAGAAAGAGUAUAUAUUAUAAAAAUAAUUUAGAUUAAAUCCUUUAGGAACUUUAACAGAAAUACAAUAUAAAGGCUGCUCCAAUUUAGAGUUUUGAAGAAUUUAAAUUGAAAGUACCGCAGGAUCAAUAUCCAUAAAUAUUGUAUGAGAAAUAUCUAGAUCAAUUGAAAAAGCAACAGAUAGGAGCUAGUUUUAUAGAAACAGAUCACAAUGUAAGAUCGGUAGAAAACUCAUAUUAACUUGAAGCAGCCUACUAUGAAUGGCAUUUAUAAAAAAACAUAUGAGUCAAGC